AUGGAGCCAUCAGCUGUGCGUGCAGGGAUUCCAAUGGUGAUGCCCGAUGCUUCUGAGGGUGAAGAGUCUGCCACGAGCCUGGCAACAGACGCCGAAGAAAAGGAUGAACAGCCCAAAGAGGAGGCGGAGAAGCAGGCGGAGAAAGAGGCUGAGCAGCCCAAAGAGGAGGUCAGGCAGGAGGAGGUCGCGGAGGGGAGCGUUGCCAAGCGCAUGCGAAUCCACGGACCUGGAAAUGGGUCAGAGCAGGACAGCCUCGCAGACGGCGAGGCGGUGGACAGCUUGUGCGAGCCAGUCAACUGCGCUGCUUUGCGGCGCCUCUUGCAAUGCCGUGCCGCCUGGUCCCUCAACCUGCGCGAGGACUUGUUCAACAUUCUCUUCCGCUGCGACCUCCAGAGUCUCUUAGGGGGCGACACUCAGGAGCUGGAGGUGAUGUAUCGCGCGUUGCCGGUCCUCAAGGGCAAGUCAGGGCGCCGCUACAGCGGAGCCAAGCAGCUGACAGAUGACGACUGCUCGGCGCCGCGCGUGUGUCGCCGCGCGCACAAGCAGGGGCUGUCCCCGUUUGAAGCUACUCGGGGCCUCUUCUCCAUGGACAAGAUCGUGAAGGAGCUCGGGCGAGCGGCGCUGCCCAUCGCAGACCUCGACAUCGUGCACGCGGCGCCGGUGCUGCAGAACAGACGGCACCCGGACAAGCCGUGCUUGGAGCGUCUUGUCAAGGACCGCGAUGCCUGCUACCAAGAGCUCGCCUGCAGUCGGGAGGCUGCCAAGAAAGCCUUCAACGGCUUGAUCUGUGGCGGCGGCGCCCGCCACUUGCAGACCAUGGCGACGGACUUCGGCGUGACCAUCAGCCCAUUCUUGAACGAGUUCUGGGGCGAGCAACAGGCCAUCAGGAGGCAGGACGCCGCCAAUCACCCUCAGGCAAUGCAAGAGCUGAGGCGAAGGGGAACGCGCUAUCCGGAAGCUAGUCUCCAAGAGCGGCUGUACGAGGUGGACGAGCGGGCUGCGAUCGACAAGGUGGCAGAGUGGCUGAGAACGACCCCCGACACCGGUAGCAUCGUUUCUUAUGAGCAUGACGGGGUGGCCGUGCUGGACCCAAGUGGGGUCGGCGACGACGCUUGGAAGCAGCGCCUCGUGGAUGGGGCACGCCAACAGACCGGGCUGGAGUUUGCUGUGAAGCCGUACAGAUCGGAGGCGAUGAUUUGGGAGCUGCUCAGGCAGGAGCACCCAGAGCUGGACUGGGACACCCAAGACCUGGAUGCGUAUCAGCUCGAGCACAAGCGCCUACAGCUGAAGUACUACAUGCGGGAUGGCAGGUCCCAGCCGGACAUGCUGGUCGGCGAGCUCAUCGGAGCUCAGCCCGCUCCCGACAAUUCCGCGGUGCCGUGCCGCGAAGUCUUCCGGACGCUGGCAGACGCCCGCGACAUCGAAGUUGCUGCAUUCAACGAGGACUCUCGCUGCUGGCACAUUCACACGAAGCAUCAAGUGAAGCACCGGCUGGUGGAGGCAGCCCAGCAGGUGGUGGACGGCUGCUGGAAGGUAGACGUCUUUCCGCCGGCGUGGACCCGCAAGUCUGGGUGCAUGCUACAGGCAACGGAAUUCUUCGUGGGCCAGAUGUACGAUGAGUCCUUUAUGGAUUCCAUGGAUGCGAAGGAGACUGAUCGCUAUGUUCUCUUCCGCGGCGGCCUGACGCUUGAUCGGGACACGAAGCUGGUGGAGCGUGGCCGCAGGGACCUCUUCAUCACGCGCAGGGCUGGCCUCGAAUACCCCGCUGAGCUUGCCGCGAAGUGGGCGGACGAGCUGAAGCAAGUCUUCGAGCGGGCGAAGGCGUAUGAGCAGGGCUUCCUCACGGCCCCGCUGAACGGCUACCCGGUGAUGCUGUCCGAGACGUUCAAGGACCUUGCAGAGCGCCUGGAGGUCGUGCAAGUCUUGUACUCGUUUUGGGAGUCGUGGCCCAUGGUCACCUUCAUCCUGAAGCAGACCGCGCGGUCUUUGUUCUGCAGGGAGGGCUACGAGGAGUUCCUCAUCCACAUGGGAGAGGGCGCGAACGGCAAGGGCCUGUGGACGCAGAUAGUGGCCACGCUCUUUGGCGAGUACUGCCACCUGCCCAGCAUGGACACCUUCUGCACGGCCUUCAACCCGAGCAAUGCCACCCCCAACUUGCUGGAGAUUCGCGCAAGGCGCUUCUUGAUGGUGACCGAAGCCGAGGGAGCAUCCAAGGUACGCAGCGGCUUUGUGAAGACCCUCCGUGACCCGACCUCGGAGAUCACUUGCCGAAACUUGUACAAGAGCAACGUGACAUUCCAGCCCCGCUUUCUGCUGAACAUGUCCAGCAAUGUCGAGGUGCGAUUCACGUCUACAGACGGAGGAAUCGGGCGAUCGCUCACAGUGGUGCCCUGGCCUUUCAAGUUUGUGCAGAACCCCAUCAAGGCGAAUGAGCGUCCAGUUCGGACUGAUUUCAAGUACGACCCGGAUCUCCGCCGUCGUCUUGCAGAGGAGCUCCUGGUCUUGCUCGUCGCGGUGGACGAGGUGUUCCUGAAGCAGAAGGCGCCUGGAACCACCAUCUUCCCAAGGCCGCAGGUGGUCGAGGAGGCUUCGAAUAACAACAUGGAAACUUCCGCCAAGACUUUGUGGCACGAUUUCUGCCAGCAGCUGGCGGUGGCGCAGCAUGCGGGCGAGGCCUCCACGCAAAGUACCAUCAUCUUUGCCUGGACGAAUUUCUGUCGGGCUGUGGCCACCAAGGCAGAGGCGAUUGCAGUGCUUGAAGAGAACCUCGAGAAGGUUCGCAGCCAAGGACAGCGCUACUUCAGGUUCAAGGGCCACGCUCGCGGCUGGCUGAAGCUGGCUGAGCAGGUGCCCUGA